AGGGCAGGAUAGGGGAGGGGGGAGUAGAAGGCUAUUUCUCUGAGACUACUGUAAUUCAGUCCGUCUUUUCUUUGAGCCUGGCCAGGAUGAGAACAGCGCUGUUCAUUGUUUAUGUUCUUCCUGUGCUGAUUGUGGUAGCACAGGCAACACCAGCAGGGAGAAGUGACCUCGUGGUAUCUAUGAAAAAUGGUCGAAUCAGAGGAGAAUAUGUUAGUGUGAAAGGCACGGAGAGGAGGGCAAAGUGCUACCUGGGAAUACCCUUCGCACAGCCGCCCGUGGGAGACCUCCGCUUCUCUGCUCCGCGGCCCGAGGAACCCUGGGAAGAUGUGAGAGAUGGCACACAACAGCCAUCUAUGUGUAUCCAGGAUCCUGAACUAGUUGUGAAUGUUUCAAAAGCCAUGUCACUCGAAUUCAUCCCACCAGUGAUUUCAGAGGACUGUCUGUAUCUAAAUGUUUAUACUCCAGCUGAAGCAACUAAGGGGGACAAGCUGCCAGUGAUGGUGUGGAUCCAUGGAGGAGGUCUGGCUAUGGGUGCAGCUUCACAGUAUGAUGGGGCUCCACUAGCUGUUUAUGAAAACAUAGUGAUGGUUAUUAUUCAGUAUCGACUCGGCAUUCUGGGCUUCCUGAGCACUGGAGAUGAACACGCUCAGGGCAACUGGGGUUUCUUGGAUCAGCUGGCAACCCUGAGAUGGGUGCAGGAAAAUAUUGAAGCCUUUGGUGGCGAUCCACAGACGGUCACAGUGGCUGGAGAAUCUGCUGGAGGAAUCAGUGCAUCCAUACUGACUCUGUCUCCACAAGCAAAAGGACUGUUUCAGAGGGCAAUCUUUCAAAGUGGAGUAGCAACACUUGGAACCUACACUACAAAUCAUCCUUUGUCUCAAGCCCAGAUUGUUGCCAGCCAUACUGGAUGUAACCACAGCAGCACAGAGGAACUGAUCCGCUGCAUGAAGGGGAAAAGUCAAGAUGAAUUAGUAACUGCAACAAAGCAGAUGAAAAUUUUCCUCGGGGCCGUGGUGGACGGCGAGUUUCUGACUGACUUGGGAGAGGCUCUUCUUCAGAAACACGAAGUCCUGAAGGUUCCGGUGCUGAUGGGAAUCACCAACCAUGAGUUUGGCUGGAUCUUACCUCAGAGCUUCGCCGCUCCUGGCUGGGAGAAUGGAAUGAACAGAGAGGCCGUGCUGGCGGUGGUGAACAUGUUUAAUCCUCCAGGGGCCUCCUUUGCAAACAACCUCAUUGUAGAUGAAUACCUACAAGAUGCUAAAACUCCAGAGGAGAUCAGAGACGGAUUCACUGAAAUCAUGGGAGACCUGCUGAUGACACUGUCUGUUGUCCGAGUGGCCGGGUACCACUCAGACGUGGGUGUUCCAGUUUACAUGUAUGAGUUUGUAUACCAGGCUGAGAUAUACAAACAGAACAGGCCCAGCUUUGUGAAAGCAGAUCACGCAGAUGAUGUCGGCUUGAUGUUUGGUGGAUGUUUCUGGAAUGGAAAUAUAAAAAUCUUAGGCAACAUCACCAAAGAGGAUGAGAGAUUUUGCAGGACGAUGAUGUCAUACUGGGCUAAUUUUGUCCGAUCUGGCUCUCCCAAUGGACCUGGGCUGGUCAGCUGGCCUCCGUACGACAGGCAGAAGCAGGAGUACAUGGAGCUGGGCCCGACUCAGACCGUGAAACAGAAAUUGAGGAAGGAUAGGGUCCACUUCGCUACUGUCACCCUGCCUCAGAAGCUCCAAGAGUUGGAAGCAGCAGCCAAACUGGUGCCUGAAAACUGAUGACUGCAAGCAUGAAUAUUCUUCGUACUGCUUCCAAGUUUUACAGCGACAAACAUCCAGAGUUAUUUACAGCUUGAACUCCUUUUUCUUGGUUUUAGACUGGAUUAACUGAGUGUCUUUCAGUGAUUUCUAACAAAAAAAUCCAAAUUUUAAAGAAAAAAAAUAGAUGUUGUUGAAACAAGAUAACGCUUUGUUGAUGAACUUGAAAUGAAUUCUGAAAGCACAGGUCGUUUAUGUACUUGAUUUGCUGAUUGAUCACUUUCCUAUAAAAAUAAAUAAAUACAUUUUGCCACUUA